AUGCUACCUACAACCACCACCGAGCCUACAACCACCACCGAGCCUACAACCACCACCGAGGCCGCGCCCAGCAACUGCCCCAUUAUCCCCGGCAUUGCAGACAACUACGAUGGUUUCUAUAAAGUAUCAUUCGGCGAUCAGUGCGGCACCAUUGCCACCAAGUGCAGAGUUGAAGAGCUGGAACAGCCAGGACAACGACAAGAUAUCAACGAUGAAGACGUGGCUCAUGUUUAUCUCACCUUUGCAGGCCUUAACAGCGAUUUCAAAAUCAAGUUUGAUGACGCCUAG